UUCAUUUGUAGUCCACGCGGUUUUGUUACAGCAGAACUACAUUUCCCACGACGCAUUGCGCGCACGCCUGCGACAACGCAGAGAACUCGUCUCACAAACAAGAUAUUCUGUACGCUACAAAAGCAUAGACCGGAGCGCCACUGGGAAGGUGAGGGGAUUGAAGCUGUCUCUGUCUAGCUCUCCACUCUCAUGCUGCCUCUCUUCCGAUUGGCCCGCGGCCCCCUGACCAGCCUCAGACUCCUCCCCCUACGAGCCUGUAGCCACACCCCCAUGGACCGACCCGUGGAGAGCUCCAUCCGAGCCAAGCUGAGCCGGACCCUGGCGCCGACCCACCUGGAGGUCCGGAACGAGAGCCACCUGCACGCCGUGCCGGCCGGGUCGGAGUCCCACUUCAGGGUGCUGGUGGUGAGCCCGAGCUUCGAAGGGCUGCCCCUGGUCCAGCGCCACCGCCUGGUCAACGAGGCUCUGCGCGAGGAGCUGGCGGGCUCCGUCCACGCCCUCUCAAUCCAGGCCAAGACCCCCCAGCAGUGGAGCUCGGACCCCAGCCUGGCCAAGAGCCCUCCCUGCAUGGGAGGCUUGAAGCACGACCCUGGCAUGAGGCUGCGGAGCGACAGGGAGUGAAUCGGAGAUGGGAGGGAGAUCUGAGAUCAAUUGCAAUCGCUUGUGGUGACUCCCCGUUGUUUGUUUGAAAAAAGUUAUAAUGUAUUUGGUUUCACCCAGUCCAGGUUUUACUACCAGCUUGAUCAGCCCCCAGUGUGUCUAGCUAACAAGCUCAGGUGUGUCUGAUUAUUAAACUCCUAGUGAAACCAGGACUGGAUCACACUGCUGUGCAGCGGGAGUCUGAUUCCCACCCCUGUAGAUAGAUAGCCAUUGGUUGAAGGCUAUAUUUAUAUAGAUAGAUCAGGGAUGGUAAUCAGACUCCUAUUGCACAGCAGUGUCACCCAGUCCAGGUUUUUCUACCAGCUUGAUCAGCCCGCAGUGUGUCUAGGCAACAAGCUCAGGUGUUAAACUCCUAGUAAAACCAGGAGUGGAUCAAACUGCUAUGCAACAGGAGUCUUAUUUCAAGUCAGUGUUUGGACAUUAAUUUGACAUGCAUUCAAUUAAAAUGCCAGCAGUAGCUAUGAAUGAAUAACAGAUAUAUGGGGACCAUCUUCGGAUUUAGUUCAGGCUGGUAUUAUAUUGGUUCUCUCUGACAAUGGGACUGAAGACUGACUAAAGCAAUGCUAUUGGUUUAGUUCUCUUCAUGAAAAUGCAGGUUCCAGUUUUCUCGGGCCGAGUCCUUCAGUGGUCUCUCGCAGGUAUUAAUGAAGCGAAGGGGAGCAAAUCUUUGUAAUAAUCUGCCGUUUAGCACCGAGGGUGCUGAAAACGAAAUGGAGAAAGAGAUUGUGGAUCUAGCUGAGGUAUCGCGGUGUGUAACAAAACACGAACAGCAAUAAAAAAUGAUGAGAAAAAACAAACAAGAAAACAGUUUUUUUACAAUUAUUUAAUUUUUAUUGGAACGCUGGUAAGCUUAACACAAGUAAUGUACAAGAAAAAACAGAAACUAAAUAUAUAUAUGUGUGUGUAUAUAUAUAUAUAUAUAUCUCACACAAACCUUAAUACUGCAUCUGAACGGAGCUACACUGAAAUAUUUCUAUAUCUAUUUAUUUAUCCAUGUAGUCAAUUUAUUUUUCAUUUACAAAACAGGCAAAUUAAAAAGACAAACAUACGAUAGUAACCAGUCAUUUUUUUUGUGUUUUUUUGGUUGCUUUUUCACAGAUUUAUACUUUUACUUAAACAUCAUAUACAGCUACAUCUCCACACGAGAUAACGCGGUCGUAUUUCAAUCGCGUUAAAAAAUAAAAUUAAAAAAUAAAUAAAAGGCCACGUUUUUGACUUUAAAACAGAUUUAGCAUUCAUGUUCUCUACCGUACCAAAAAUACGACACACACACCUACCUACGGCUAUUGUAGUAUUAUUAUUAUUAUUAUUAUUAUUAUUAUUAUUGAAGAAGGAGAGAAGCCGAACGUAAAAAGUAGAAAAAUAUUUGGCAGUUAACAACAAAGUGACACAACAUGCGUUCUGAUUGUCACCAAAUCGUCUGGUGACAAAAAAAAAAAUCGGAAAUGUACCUGGGGGGUUUGUUAAGGUGGCGCGCACACACACACACACACACACACACACAGGUGAAUGGAGCGCGUGGGGGUGGGCGUGUCUAGCGACAUACCUGUACAAGAUACCUGCACUGCAACGGGUUUGGAGUUUGCUUAUAGUUAGAGUAGCUACAGAUUAUAUAUCUCUUUUGUUUUUACUUUUCUGGCCUCUGAAGUCUGGAUCGUUUUUUAUAAAUCGUUCCGAGCGCUGCAAUCGUACAAAAAAAAUAAAUAAAUAAAAAUGUUAUUUCUUUGAUGAGUCUCUAAACUGCUUGGGGUACUUGAGCGCUUGUAGUGGUUUCAUCUUAAAAAUGUAUUAAUUAUUAUUUAGGCAUUUAGCAGAGGCUUUUAUCCAAAGCGACUUCCAGAGACUAGGAGGGUGAACUAUGCAUCAUCAACAACUGCUGCUGCUGCUGCUGCAGAGUCACUUCCAAUAGGAGCUCGUUUGUUUUACGUCUCAUCCGAAGGACGGAGCACAAGGAGGUGAAGUGACUUGCUCAGGGUCACACACACACACACACACACACACACACACACACAGGGAGUCAGUGGCUGAGCCAGGAUUUGAACCUCCUGGUAUCAAGACCCCCUUUCUCUAACCGCUGGACCACUAAAGGCUACAUUCGAGAGAGCGACUCAGGUAUGACGAGGAGGAAGCUGACAAUUCGGAUGUCCAGUUCCGACCCGUCCCGUAAAUUUUAAACCCUGUUUCGUGCCCCUCAUUGCAAAAAAUAAAAAUAAAAAGGAAGUUGGCAUAAUUUGAGACGCAGAUGAGAAUUCACCUCGUAUGUUGCUGGUAUGUCCCAGGUGCUGAAUAAUCCAGAUCACUUGUGCUGUCAGUUGAUUUGAGGUGUCUUAAUCUUAGCCCCUUAUCUGUGCAGAUUAGACACGUGUGCUUUUUGCACCCUGUUGAGUUUAGGGGGCGGCUCACCGGCUAGAACCCGGAUGCCUCUGAUGGGCCGAGCCCGUUUUGAGUUCUUGUGCUUUGCGUGGGACCGCGUCCGUGCCUCCCUGCGUGUGCCAGCCACGUUAUCAAACCCCCACGCCCUUAAAAUUAAAAACUCAUUUACCGAACAACACCACCUACUAUUUACAGGUUUGUUUGUUUUUCUGACGGAAUAUCGCGAUGGGAAAACGAAAGGACCGCCGAUGGACGAUGAAAUCCGACGAUGAGAAAACCGCUGGGCUGACGUGAUCCGGCGGAUUUGGGAGACGAAGUAAAUACUGUAUCUCCCGCAACGCGAUGUAAAAAUCUACCAUUGAUAUUUUUUCGACACCAGUUCUGUGAAAUGCAUUAGGACGUUUUUUUUAAAACUAUAAAACAUUACCGACUCUGCACGCACGCACUUUCAAACUCGUUUUCUUGGCAAAGACAUGAUACCGAAACAAAAACGUAACAAAUACUGCGUGCCAACAAGAUUUGACGUCUACCUACAAAAAAAAAAAAAAAAAUUAUGGAAGCUAUCUAAUACAGGUUACCACAAAACCUGAUAUCGUUUCUCUUUUUUUAUUUAAUUAUAAUUUAGUUAGUUCGUUUUAUACAUCCUUAAAACACUACUAGAUUUUUAAUAUUUAAAAUCUUUUAUAUUUAUUAUACGGCUACGGCAUAUCUACUUUUUUG